AUGUUCCGUGACAGUCAUGAAGCCAAUUUUCCAUUUUCUAUUUUGACUCUGUAUAAUCUCCCGCUGUCCGGUUUCGGAUUCCGCAAAGGAACAAAGGACCCUUUAAUUACUGCGCACCAGUUCGACCGUGUGACAUGUUCCUCGGUGUACCGAGUUCUAUGUCAAAAACGCCACUGGCAUAUGGUGAACGGGAACACAACAGGAGGAAACCUGUACUGGAAUCGCCAGUCCGCGACCUUGUUUAUUGAUGCACGUUCCUUCUCCGUGUGGGAAGAGGCUAUUGAUCGGCAGUCGGCAAUUAUAGGCUGGAGAGACAAGCCAUUUAAUAUCAACUGA